UUUUAGAUUACAUGAACCGGUAACUGCUGAACCAAAAACACAAGACUCAAGAGACCAAAGCAUCGAAAGACAAGGAACUCAUGACAGGAGUCCAUGCUCCAUUAGAAAGAAACCUACCUGGUUACUGCAGUUCCAGGAAUUGUGUGUUGCUCGUUUUAGUUGUGAUACCAGUUUCAUCGGUAUAUUUUAUGCCUUUAUUACUGAAUUUAUUUCGUCGUGGUUAUAGUAAAAUGGCCGAGAAUUAUGUGUCUGGAACUCACAGUAUGGCCUUUAUAACUGUACCAGAUAUGGAAGUAGCCAAACAAUUAUCACAUGGUAUAGUAAAAGAGAAGUUAGCAGCCUGUGUUAAUAUUAUACCUGGAAUAACAUCCGUAUAUGAAUGGGAGAAUGAAAUCAAUGAAGAUAAGGAAUUACUUUUGAUGGUUAAAACCCACACAUCCAAAGUUGACUCUUUAUCAGAAUAUGUCAGGCAUAAUCAUCCCUAUGAUGUGGCAGAAGUCAUAUCAUCAAAGAUUGAUAAUGGAAAUCCUCCAUAUUUGAAAUGGAUCUCUGAUAUUGUGAUGUCAUCGGAUGCAAAGAAGAUGAAAACCGAAGAAUCGUGAAGGAAUUUAUACACUGGCAAGACAGUAACUUGUACAUACCAUAUGGACUGAUCUUGUGACUUAAAUUCAUGAAUUUUAUUGUUCCUUCUAAAGGUGCCUUUACUCUGGUUCACAAUACAUCAUGCUGAAUGCUUCUGGGCAAAUGUGGCUAUUUACUCAUUGUCUCAAUUAUUCAAGUCUCUUGUUAAACUUGAAUUCCUACUGAUAGAGCAAGACAUUUGACACUUGCUCCAACUGCGUCUGCUAUUGCAAAGACAUUUGACAUCUGCGUCUGCUAUUGGCUAAGACAUUUGACGACUGCUCCAACUGUGUCUGCUUUUGGUUUUAACUUUAUUGAUAUAAAAUUUCAUCAUGUCUGUUGUUUUCUUUUUUGUAAAUAAACAUCUGUAGUACUACGGA